AUGUCUAAUUAGAAAACACCUAAAUCCCACAACUCUUCCAUCAUCUAUACACCAAUACCAUUAAGACUUUAAUAUAGUGCAUCUCGUUCUAGUAAAUAAGGUUCAAAUUCUAACAUUCUUUGGGAUAGCACUUCAAAAGAGUCAUUUUUAUUAGCUCAUUCGUAAAGUCCGUAAAAAGUUUUGUAUCUAAUCAUUACUUAUACUAAUAGACUUUAAACAUUUGAAUCCUUAUAUCAUGAAAGGCCUCAUAAUCCAAUGACAAGAGAUGAAAAAUUUAAGGAACUUGAAAAUCUUAUCUCAUCUUUUGAUUCUGAAGCCUUUAUUCAAGAAGUUGAACUAUUUGAUUGA